UAACCCAGAAGAGUUUGCGAUGGUGAGGGAGGGUGGCAGCACCACCACUAGCAACAAUAACCCAGAAGAGCUUGCGAUGGCGAGGGAGGGUGGGAGUAGCACCACCAGAAACAACAAUGUAGAAGAAUUUCCGAUGACCGUGGAAGGUGAAAGCAGCACCACCAUGAACAACAAUGAAGAAGAGUUUGCGGUGGGGUGUUUGCUGUCGAUCAGGACAGUAUUUGGUGAAGAGUUUGAAGGCCAAGUUGUUACGUUUGAUCGUCCCUCCAACAUCCUCGCACUCAUGGAAAGUUCCAAAGAUGUCCCUCUUGGAAAAAUUAGGAUUUUGAAAGCUGAUUACAUAGAAGACUUCACCUUAUUAGGUCAAUAUAAAGACCCACUUUAUCCAUAUAAGUGCUACCUUGAUCUCAAUGUUCUCCAAGCAAGGGAAAAAGUUGCCAUUAGACAAGCAGAAGCAGAUGCUGAGAGGAUUGGGGUUGGUGUUACAAGUGUAGCACAGAACAUCUUUGAUGCUUUAUCUAAAACGCAUCCAGUCCGCUGGGACAAGACUGUCAUAGUUGUGAUGAAUGAGGUGCGUAUCAGCAGUCCUUAUCACUCGGAAUGUGUGAUUGGCGGUACUCAAGUUGCAAAUAACCGUAUGAAAAAAGUGCUUGAGAUGUUGUGGAAGAGGUUGCAACUUCCAGGUUCUGGUGAUAUUUGUUGAGCUCUCAGGUUCUGUCUUGCGUAUGGAGUUCAUUUAAGGUCGUUCCCUCGUAUUCUUCUUAGAACUUUGGAGUGAGUGUCGUAGCAUGGG